AUGCCUGAUGACAUGUCUAUGAUCCCUUACGGGGGAAACCUUGACGUCGUGCUCCGACACAAUGACUCCGUGGUAGUUUUCGACCGUGAUUCUCAACAGGUAGCCCUCCGGAAUGCCUCAGAUGCUCGCAAUGCAGAUCUUGAGCUCGCGAAUUGUCCAUUAUGCCGCCAGCCCAUGCGCGAGGACAGCAGAGGCCGACAUCACGGAAGCACCGACCCUGAAGCCGAAUUCAUCAACCCAAAUUACUUCCGCAUGCUUGAUAAUAGCCUUCCAAGCUCUGCAAGCUCUUCGCGACCUCCAUCUCCGAGGCGACGUCUCGUUCCGCCCGCUCUCUCAGACGGUCGUCCCACCAGCGGUCCCACCAGUGAACCUCGCCCUCCCCAAGGAAUUUCUUCUGCGGCUUUCAGUACAGAUUACUUCAAGAAGUUUUUCGUCGAAGAAAGGGUUCUCGGGAAAGGUGGAAAGGGGGUUGUGUUGCUCGUCAAGCACAUGUUAGACGGUGUAUCUCUCGGACACUAUGCAUGCAAGCGUGUACCUGUUGGCGACGAUCACGAGUGGUUAGAGAAAGUGCUGGGCGAAGUCCAGCUGCUCCAGCAUCUCUCCCACCAAAAUCUUGUCUCAUAUCGCCAUGUCUGGCUUGAGAAUGCGAAAAUCAGCACAUUCGGUCCCAGUGUUCCGUGUGCGUUCAUUCUUCAACAAUAUUGCAAUGCCGGUGACCUUCAUGAUUAUAUUUGUGGCUCUGUCCAGACAACCAGCACUGCACAGCAGCUGAAGGACCGGCUUCGAAGGAAGUCCAAAGGUGAAGCAGACCCGCAAAUGGGCACAGGUGGGCUACGCAUGCUCCAGCUUGAUCAGAUCUACUCGUUCUUCCGAGAUAUUACCUCGGGCAUGCGGCAUCUACACUUGAACGGGUAUAUUCACCGUGACCUCAAGCCUCACAACUGUCUACUCCAUGAAACAAGCGAUGGCAUCCGAGUAUUGGUGAGUGACUUCGGAGAAGUACAGUCCCAAGACGCAACGCGCAAAUCGACCGGUGCGACAGGGACACUAUCAUAUUGCGCCCCUGAGGUUCUCCGGCGCGAGUACAAUGAUGGUCCCUUCGGAAACUUCACCUUCAAGUCCGAUAUCUUUUCCCUAGGAAUGAUUCUCUACUUUUUGUGCUUUGCGGAGCUUCCAUAUGCCAGUGCGGAUAUUAUCAACGAAGAAAAGGAAGACCUGGAUCAGCUUCGAGCAGAAAUUACAAGCUGGGCUGGCUUCAAUAAAACUCGGCGGAAAAGAUCCGAUCUCCCCCAGAAGCUUUACACAUUCUUGGAAUUACUGCUUGCUGUAGACCCCGAUCGCCGACCGACGGCAGAUGAGGUCUUGAGCGGAAUCCAAGCUGGUGCCAAUGCCAACGCCAAAAGGACCAGUUCCGCCGGUGCAGCUAGCUCACCUAAUCCUGAUUUGCCUGCGUCUGCACGCAUACGUCCUGUGGACAGUCCGAAGCCUUCAGAGCGUGCUCUCUCCCCCACCAAGAGGGGACCGCGCAGCCCUUCGACCUUCCGACACGAUUCAGUAUUCGAUUCAAGCAGCUCCUCUGGCACACCUCUAGCCUCCAAUACGUUAACCGAUGGGCUUCCUGACUUGAUUCUAGAUCGGGACAUUGUUGUGCGGCAAAGAUAUUCUACAUCUCCUCCUGUAUCUCCAACCCGACAAGACCGCAACUCAUCCAUUCACAACUCCCCACCGCCCAUGCCUCAACAUCUUCUUCCGCCACCUCCAAGUAGAUUCCCAGUCUUGGACUUCUUGAAAACAUCCAUGGCGGUCUCUCCAGGCUUACAAUUCUCGCUUUUCCUCCUCAAAGUGGUCUCGAUUCUCCACCCCUGCUCGCCGCUGGCGGUCAAGCCGUGGAUUUUAUACCCUCUUCUCCUUCUAGCUGCAGCAAGCCUGCGCUCAUCUUUACAAAUGCAAGCCCUUCUCAUACUGGCACAUAUGUUCGUGGUGGUGGCUGGCAUGCGCCUCGGUGCCCUCUGCGUCUGGAGUAGGGAUGCGGCAAUCACAUUCUGA